GAAAGAAGGAGCGUGAAGCGAUGUUGCCGGCUAGUGCUGGCGAUUCAGCAACUGGCCUUGCACCAUCUCAAGCCUCAGUGUUGAUUGAUCCUUACAACACAGCGCCUGCUGAUAAUCGGGUUGAAGACGGAAUCAUCGAUGGCGAGCAAGAAGUCGAAAAUGCCAGGCAGUCAUUAUCAGUGGAGCGUGGUCAAGGAAAGACGGUGAUUCGUCUUGAUAGCGAUCCUAUGGAAGUCGAUGCAUUCGACGGCGUGCCAAUUGAUUGGAACAAUCCACCAGGAAGCCCAAAUGACCGGCUCCAAAAGGACGUGAGCCAAGACAAGGAAAAGAGAAAGAGGGCAAUUUCUGAUACCGGGUCCUUGCUGUCACGAGUUUCUGAGACCGAAGCUGCAGAGAUGAAUGUCGUGCAAGAUGAAGCUUCCCAGUUGUCAAAGAGGGAUAAAAAGAACAAGAAGCGCAACUCUCAAGUAAUCGAUCUUGUUGACGAUACUGAGGAUGAUCCCGCGACUCGCCGAGCAGCACUCAACCAGGCAAAGGAGCGUCAAGGCAAGACUGUUUCAAAGAAGAGACAGCGAAGAGAAGCCCAACAAUCUCAACAGUCUACUCAAGCUGAGAAGCCAUUUGACUCUGAUUACGAUGCCACUCCACCGCCAGAGAAGAAGCGGAAGCGCAAGCAUAACAAUGAACCUCCAACGCAAUCGACUCAAGAAUCUGCUCUUCGGCUACACGAGUUGCCCGAAUAUAUCAGCAAGGAAGAAGCUUUGCGGCGUACCGUCUUAAGAGGCCGUGUUGACUCCACGCCUCCUCGAGUUAUCGCAAGCCAGCGCUCGCAAGCUCCUAGUCCAGCGACUCCGAUCGUUUCUAGAGACGAUGAUUUCUCAAUCGAUCUAGAUAGGAUUGGUACUGCUCAUAUGCCGGCUGUGGCAAAGACUCCCCGAGUUCGAGAGAGUCCCAUCCGUCCUCCGACUACCAUCCAUUCUCCGGCCGCACAGCGUCAGCGCAGUGUUUCUGUUUCAGCACCAAAGGAAAGUCCUAUUCAUCCCCCAAAGAGGAUUCACAGUCAGCUCUCUGAACGCCAGCGUAGCGUCUCUGUUUCACCGACGAAAGUCAGGAAGAGCAAGGAGAAGGCAGUCAAAAAGAAGGGGAAGAACGAGAAUUCUGCUUUCGAGACAGCUGUCAAUAGCAUUAGGAAUGCUGUUGGUAAUCGAUUCAGUGCCCUGUUCUCUCCUCUUCCAAUGGAGUGGACGCCGACGGUAAAGUCUACGACCUCCUUGAAAGACCACAACGGCACCAGUGACAGUCAGAAGAAUUCGAAGAAGCAGAAGAAUACUCAUGAUAACGUUCCUUUACUCAAGGGUACUCCCGUCAUCGAUUGGGAGAAGAAGAGUGGAAAGAUCCGUGCUUAUGUCACACCAGAAGAUGGAGAUGAUGAUACUGAGAUUAAAGAGAGUAAGUAUUCACACACAUCCUCUUGACGAAAGUUGGUGACAAGCCUGCAGAUAUCGCGUUCUCAGCCAAAUACAUAGCCAAGAAACGUUCAGUCAGCAUCUCGAACACGACUUUCGCUAGUCUGAAACUUGAAGUCGGCAAGAGACUCGUUCUCAAUGAGUGCACAGAUGGAAAAGACAACUGUAAUUUGAGCAUAUGCAGUGUGGCCGAAGGAAGAGUUCGGGUUCUACUUGGUGGUGGAGAAGAUGGUGUAGAGGGAACAUUAUUUGAGAUUGGAAAAGGCGGAGUGUGGAGAGUUAGAGUGGGUGAGAGAUGUGAAGUCUGUGCCGUUGAGGGAGACCGAGAGAAGGAACGCGAUGGUGAUGAUAUCGCUGCUGUGAUGUUUGUUGUUGGUGUUGGUGUUGAGUAAAGGAAAUGGGGAAACACGGUUUCUCUUCUAUUAUGUUUCUGUGUGGAAAUAUUGUUGAUUUGUGUAAUUACGUACUUG